UCUUUCUCUCUCUAGAAAUAUAAUCUCUCUAUACAAAUAUAAUCUCUACAUCAUCUGUGUCGUGAUAGUCGGCUUCAUCAGCGGCCAUGGCCUCUGCCUAUUUGCAGGGGUGCUUGCUGUCUAACAUUUCUGGUGAUCAUAAAGUGAGCACCUUUAUUCGAAAUAAUUUUUUGAACCCAAAUAAUCACUGUAGUCUAUCUUUGAGGCAUUUCAACACAUUUUUACCAUCCAAUGCCACAUGUGCAAAGCACGUAUCCCGUGGAGGUCAGUCCCGUGCUGUUGCAACAGGGAAACGAGGCCUGGUGUGCAACAAUGCCAUGACACAUGACCAGGAACUGCAAGCGGAUGUGACCACAAAAUGCUUCUUUGAUGUAGAAGUUGGGGGUGAGCCUGUGGGCAGGAUUGUGUUGGGCCUUUUUGGUGAUGUUGUGCCAGCCACUGUAGAGAACUUCAGGGCACUGUGCACAGGGGAGAAGGGAUUUGGUUACAAAGGCUGCUCCUUCCAUCGUAUAAUAAAGGAUUUCAUGGUUCAGAGUGGAGAUUUUGAUAAGGGAAAUGGGACUGGAGGAAGGAGUAUCUAUGGUUCCAAAUUUGAGGAUGAGAACUUCAUUUUGAAACACAUUGGACCUGGUGUAUUGAGCAUGGCAAAUGCUGGUCCAAAUACCAAUGGUAGUCAGUUUUUCAUAUGCACUACCAAGACACCAUGGUUGGAUAAACGUCACGUUGUGUUUGGUCACGUGUUGGAGGGAAUGGAUGUUGUUCGAGCCCUUGAGUCCCAGGAAACAAGCAGAUCAGAUGUCCCGAAACUUCCUUGUAGAAUUGUUAACUGUGGGGAGCUACCUCUAACCAGUUGAGGUGGCUUUGCCUUUGUUGUUCUUUAGAAUUUCAAUGAAUGUGUAAUUGAUCUUUGGCAUAUUCUCAUCUCAUAUUUCUCUUUUUGUACCCGAAACGGAAAAUGACCUUUUGCUUCUUUGUGAUGUGGCUUUUGGCCUUGACAUAAGAGGCACAAAAUUAUGUUGCUUUCUUGUUUAAAAUUAUGCAACCAUGUGAGGAUCUUUGUUGAUAGAUAUAAGAACAGCUUUAUUUGGGUUC